AUGCUGAUUGGUAUCUGUGGCAGCAUAUGCUCCGGCAAGAAGACGGUGGCUCACUACCUCGUUGAGCACCAUGGCUUCAAACGCCUAUAUCUGAAGACGCCGCCCAAGGAAGGCAGCGCUGCGGCGCCAGAUGCUUCAAGCGACGCGCCAAGUGAAGAGCAAUCGCCAGACUCGGAGCCAGAGGCCUUCAGCGGUGCGUUGAGCUCGAGUGCUCUGACGACCAAGAACGGCCCCAGGCUGGCAGCGAAGGGGUCGCUCGCCUUGCGGCCUCAUCCCCAGGAGCAUAGCUUCACCUCCGCCGAGGAUCUACUCGAUUUUGUCACGAGACGAUGGCGGAGUCGGUUCGUCAUUACCGACAUACCCACCGAGGCUGUUCUCGACGUGUUCCUCCGACGGCCCUUCUUCCUACUCUUGUCCAUCGACGCGCCCCUCACCGUGCGCUGGAAGCGCUACCGUGAGCGCUCCGGCAGUGCGUCCGAAGCCUCACGGAUCAGUCUCGAAGACUUUGUCGACCAGAACGAUGGGCACUUGUAUGAUCCACACGACGGUCUGCAGUCCCUCAUCUCGCGCGCUACUGUCCGGUUGCUCAACACGUCGUCCUCGCUGGCCCAUCUCUACGCCAAGCUCGGCAAGCUGGACAUCCCCAACCCGGACCGCCUUCGGCCCGGAUGGGACACGUACUUCAUGGCACUCGCCUCGCUCGCUGCGCAGCGCUCCAACUGCAUGAAGCGUCGCGUAGGCUGCGUACUCGUGGGUCGCGAGCGCAGGGUCAUCAGCACGGGCUACAACGGCACGCCCCGAGGCCUGACGAAUUGUGCCGAUGGCGGGUGCCCGCGCUGCAACGAGGGCAACGGGUCUGGCGUCGGCCUGGGGACCUGCCUGUGCAUUCACGCCGAGGAGAAUGCGCUGCUGGAAGCUGGCAGGGAGAGGAUCCGCGACGGCGCGGUGCUAUACUGCGAUACGUGCCCGUGCUUGACGUGUAGCAUCAAGAUCUGCCAGGUUGGAAUCAGCGAGGUUGUGUACGCGCAUGGAUACAGCAUGGACAACGACACGGCCGCCGUCUUCCAACAGGCGGGCGUCAAAUUGCGGCAGUUUACACCGGUACGUUGGCGCACACAAAGCAAAUCUUCAUUGUCACUCUCACCUUCACAGGGGCAUUCACUAACGUUGUCACAGCCGCCAAACGGUCUGAUUCACCUGGAGAAGAUGGAGCUUUACUGAGGAGCGGGUGCAGCAACAAAGGGAGAAAAUAACUGCGGCAGAGCCGGGGAAGUUUUGUUAUUCAGCUCAUAAAUUUCAGUCCUUCCGGUU